CAACAUCUAUAGUUUAAUCCCGAGGACUUCCGAUAAAAUAUCUUUGGAUUUCCAUUGGUUAUAAAUUGUGCCAUCUACAAAAUUCAAAUGGUCAAUGAAAAUGAAUGAAUGAAUUGUAGAAAUGGAUAAACUUGACAAGAAAAGAAGAAGAUCUGUCAGACUUUUAUCUCAAGCAGAUGAGAUAGAAAAAGCUUUGAUAGAUAACUUUGAAGCAAAAUAUGGCAGUGUAUGGAAGGAUUUUUCUCCAGAUUAUGUUUCAUGUAGGAGAAAAUCCAUCACAGGAAGGAGAUCUGGAAUCCAUAAGAAACUUCCUUUGCCUGUAAUAAAUGAUGAUUUGACAACAGAUGAAUUAUCAGUACAUAACAGAUUUGACUCCCCUGAAUUGUUGAGAGCUCCUGACAACUUAUCAGCUGACAACUCCCUUAAUGGAAAAGUGAACACCAGUGCAGUAACACCUAAUUUGAUGGUACCUGAAAAUGAUCAAGAAAGUCUGAAGUUGGAAACUCCAAAAUCGUAUGCAGGUAAACCUGUUAAGGAUUUUAGCAAUACUCCAGAUAAUGUUGAAGUGCCAUUUGAAACAGAGUUUGAAAGUCCUGAUUACCCUGAGGGUAUUUUGAUUGGACAAAAUAAUUAUAUUGAUCUGUGUCAGAGUCCCAUAAUGCCAGAAAGAUAUUCACAGAUGGGAAUUCCGGUCACACCUAAAUACAAGAAAGUUGACAAUGAGUUCAGAACCCCGUGUGCAAUUCUAAAAUUAAAUGAUUCUUUACCAUAUUCCCCAUCACAGCCAGUUUUCUCAACACCAUCACUCAAUUUACCUAAAUCCAAUUCAGAGACACCAUUCUCAUCACACUUUAUUUUUGACCGAGUUGAAAAUAGUUCUGUAUCUUCACCGUCAGAAUCAGAGAUGACAGAAUCUUGUUUAGACAUAUGCUCAGAGACAUCAGAAAAGGAAGAAACAGCGUAUCAGACAGCACCAAAGCAACAACUGUCAUCAAGUAAACUGUCAAAUAAGAAAGUUAACAAGACAGAAAAUUUAGAAACCUCUGGAGAAAAACUUGAGCGGGAAAGAAAAGAGACAUCUACCUUUUUGUCAAUAUGCAAAUCUCUUGCUAGUAAAAUUGUUAAUGUAGUGCGUAAAACUCCUGAAAAUGAUACUGAUAAGCAGACAGAAAAUUUAGAAAAUACAAUUCAAGAUUUUUUUCCAGCUGCUGAAGUUAUUGAUACAUUAGAAGAUAAAACACAUUUGGAUGUAAAUUGUGAGACAAAGUUAGUCUUUGAGUGUGAAAAAGAAAUGGAAAUAUGUGUAUCUGAUAUGCCUGUGAAUAAUACAACAAUUACGAAAAAGAUUGAAGACAAUUUGUUUGACCUGCAUUCUGCAAAUCAUGAUUUGUUUUUGACAGUUAGCAAUAAAUCUGAAAAAUCAAACAAUGACAUCAUUAACAAAUGCAAUAAGAAUGUAAAACUUAAAACACAUGGAAGUUUGGGUAAGGAAACAACUGAAAACGAAGAUGCUGAGUCGAAAGAUACAUUAGAUAUGAUAUCUAGUCAUUGUCAUACUGAAUCACUGUCUGAUAAUAAUAAUGUUAAAUCAUUUACACUGUUGAAGUCUGUUGGUAGUGAAGAAGAGGAAGAAUGUCAUAUCAAAGAUAUAAAUCUUAGAGAUUUUAAUUCAAAUUCUAAACGUAGAGCAGUGUCUGAAAAAGUACAAGAGUCUAAUGUGCAGAAACAUGUUCAUUUACUAUCAAAUGAUGCAAAAUCUGAAAGAGGAGUGGUUACUGAUCAUCAACAAAUCACUGGCCAAAUCUGUUCCCAUGAAACAGUUCAAGAAGGAAAUAAGGCACCAAAGAAAGCUGCCAUAAAAAAGCAGAGUAAAGCAAAAAGGCUAUCCAUCGAUUCACAUAUAUUGCCUGACAUUUCUUCAGGAAAGUUGUCUCAUGAUGCUGAUGCAAAAGAUGAUAAAUUAAAGAAGAAAAAAUCAUCAACAGCUCGUAGAAGAUCAGCUGAUCCAGUUCUGUUAGCUCGCAUGAGUGAAAAAUUUGGUGACAAACCUGGACCAAGCUGGACAAGUGCUAAAAAGUGUGCUGAUGUGGAAGAAGUAAAUGAACAGAAAAAAGACGCCAAUAUUCCUUCCCUAGAAGAGGAAAUACCUAAGAAGAAAAGGGGUAAACCUGCCAAAAGAAAUUCAGAUAUUGGACUUUCUAAACUUAAAAAACAAGACCAGGAUUCUGUAGUAAAAAAAGACAGUACUUGUAAGAUCAAUUCAAUUAGUGACAAAAGUAAAAUAGAAGAUGGUAAGAAUAAAGAUAAUGUAUUGAAAGAUGAUGUACCCAAAAAGAAAAAAGGUCGACCUACUAGAAGGAAAUCUGCUGAUCCAAUUCUGUUGUCUCACAUAAGCAAAGACAUGGUUUGUAAUGAUGAUGGCAUUUGCUCACAGAGGUGUGAAAACAAUGAAGAUACUAAUGAAAUAGAUUCUCAAAACACUGAUAGAAACAGAGCAAACAUUAGUAAUGAGAUUAAAAUAAACAGAAGGAAAGGUCGUACUGCAGGAAAGUUAACGUCUGUUAAAUUGUCUCAGAUCAUUGAGGAAGCUGGUGAUGAUAAAAAUGACAGUGGUAAUAGUAGUCAUGGUAGUGUUGAUAGUGGUAAAGAUUUUGAAAGUUUCAUCAAUGAAAAUGUUACUAGUCAUUGUCUAAAUGAAGUCGACAAAAGGGGAAUAGAAACUGAGCAGUUGACAGUGAAUGAAACAGAAGAUCUUGACAAAAACAUAACAGAAAGGGAAAUUUUACUAAACCAUGUAAAUAGUGCUGACUUUGACAAAAUUCAAGAAUUCCUUUCCAUGGAUGAGGAAAAACCUAUUGUCAAAAGUUCUAAAUCUCGACGUAGAUCUGCUGAUUCUCUUACAUUGUCUGACAGUGUCUCACAUUCUCAGCAGGAUGGAAAUUCUGACAUUCCCUUAAGGAGAACAACAAGAAUUAAAAGACGAUCAAUUGAAAUAUAUCAAGCUGGUGAAAAUUAUCAGAAUAAUGAAUUGGAGAGUUUCUCAGACAGUGCUAAUUCACAAGAAGAAAAUAAUCCUCUAGGGACAAGUGAAAGUUCAUCAGGUGUAAAAGCAAAACCAGCACGAAAACGAAAAAUGAAAGAGGAGAAUGUUGAGGAUCUUUAUAGAAACAAAAAUUAUAAAAGACCUGAUGACAGAGUUUGGGAAACUAUAUUUGAAUGUCCUGAUGAGCUGAAAAAUCCUGACCAGCUUUUAAGUAAGAAGCGCUUUAAAAGGUCAAUUUCUUUUGAGUGUAUAAUGCCAACAAAAAUAAAGAAACGUUCAAAAAAAGCUGUAGAAAAUGGCUGGGAUGCUAAGCGAAGGAAAAAACAACAGCUCCCAGAUGAAUUUGUCAUAGAAAAGCUGGCUGAAUUAGAUAGUAUUUUUAAUAGUUGAUUUCAUUACUUACACAAAUUUAUAUAUCAUUUUGUGAAUGAAAUGCAACUUUAAAUAGAUUAAAGCCAUAAAGAUCUUAUUAAACUUAAGUCCUUUGUUCCUAAGCCAUUUUAUUUUUAUAUUGGGUGCAUGUAUGAACAUGAUUAAUAACCUUAUUUUUACUUCUACUUAUGGGGAGGGGGAUUUUUUAAACUUAUGUAAUGGAUCAGAGGUUAGACCAAAAAAAAAAUAUGUGUUUAUGGUUUCCCAACCAACCCUAAUUUUAAGUGCCAGUUUUCUGAUGAUUUCUUCAAAACUAUUUUAUCAAGAUAUUAGCUGUUGCAACCGCUAACUUAUUUCAUCAAAUUACUGGACAGAAAUGACUCAAAAGUCAAAAUGUGUUAAAAUCACAAUUCUGUUCAUUGACAAACUGCAAAUGAGGCAGUUUGCGUAUGUUAAUAACAGAACAGGAAUUGGACUAAAAAAAAAACUGACCAACCUAUCCUAUACUUUUUUGGAAGGAAAACAUAUUAUUUUUUUGGCCUUAUCAUCAUGAUCAUCAUUUUUAUUAUUUUGCCUGCAAUGAAUGCCAGAAGAAGAGUGACGCGAAUGUUACGUUUCUGGUACAUGUAUAUGGAUACUAUAUUAAAACAAGUAAUAUUUAAUUAUUUACUUUUGAUAAGACCAUUGUUGCUUUAACACCUGUAUGUUUAUUAGAAUUGCAAGCAGUAUACAUUCAGGUCAUUACCAUGAUAACAUUAAUCUAAUACAUAUACAUAUGAAAGUGUUUGCAAUAAUGAAGUUAUACCAUGUAUACAGACUGACUUUAAGGUAUGUUAAUUGGUAUUAUGUUGAUUAAGCACAUACAUGUAUACAUCUAAGUGUAUGAAUUGAUUUUAAGGCAUUUAUGUACAUCUGAUAGGGUUCAUUUGUCCUCAUAUUCAUGGAUCAUUGAUAAUGUUAAUUUUAUGUAAUAUUUGUUGUUUAACCUUUUUCUCGAAGACUUUCAUCAUAAAAUCAAUCAUUGAAAUAGUAAAAAGUAACAAGAACAACUGAAAAUGAAAUUUGAAUAAAAUUUUGAUGUUUUUAUAUUGUAUUGUGCUACCUUGUCAUUUGCUUGUAAUGAUCUAAUACAAUGUUUUUACUUGAAAUACAACAAAAUGCAAAAUAAUCAAGUGAAAUUUAAUGAUAUUGUACCUGGGACCAUUACACUAAAUAUAUUAGUCCUCGAUUGUACAGGCUAGAGCAAAAAGCCAUCAAAUCUUAUUCAUAUAUUUUUGAAAAGUGUAUAGAUCUAAGCCUUAAAAAAAUGUUCAUGUACAUAUGAAAAAUGCAUAAAAAUUGUAAAUAUUAAUGUCAUGAAUACAGUAUUGGUAUAUAUAUACGUACGUAGAUAUUAAAUAAUAGACAAAUA